AUGCCAUCGCCUUCUAACAAAGAACGCCGCUCAGAGGACGACGACCUCGAAGCCGAAUCCCUCAUCCUUCAUCGUCUCUCCACAGAUGCUUCCGGCACAUCACGGAUACAGUCCCUUGGCGACACCAGCGCAACACAUCGCGUCACAGACGCCUACGAUGAUCUUGACGACGAGUAUGACCUCGACGACAAACGCAUGGAGAAGCUUCCCGCUCGUGGCGUGCUUGAGGGAUCUAACAAUUCAACGCGUAUCGAUAAGACUGGGCGUCCAGCAUGGUUUCGCGGUCUUCUCCAAGGCGAUCUACCUGGUCUCAACUCAAGAGGUGUAGGCAUGUCUGCAUCCAUGGCACAACGUAACAGACAACAGCGAGCGAGGUGUAUGCGUCUGAGUAUGCUCAUUGGCGGUGGGUUGCUCGUCAUUGGUGCCUUUGCCUUUGCCUUUGGUCCCAAAGUCGGUGUCUCACCAUCCGGGUUUUACGACUAUAUGGGUGACAAAUGGUACGGAGACAGCCGAGUGAUCCCAUUCGAGUUCAACAAGUCACCUGGCUAUCCUGGGUUCUACACCACUGGCGUACCUCCCAACUUUGCAGAACAUAUGACACGAACAGCCGCAGCACCGACACAAACUAUCGGUUCAUCGCCAAUCCAAACCACCAUCCCCGGCUUCCAAGAUGCAAACUUCAAUCCCUUCGAGCAUAUGGGUCCACUAACACCCUACGUCUCAUCCUCAGGCUGGGGCAUUGACGAUGCCAAGUACGCCGGCACACCCGCCACAACCCCCGGAUCCGGAAAGUUCUGCUCCCUCACCCAGGCUCACAUGCUUCACCGUCACGGCGCACGUUACCCCACUGCAGGCGGUCCUCCCAGUGUCUUGCGAAACUUCCUCGACGCCAACCCUAGCUUACGCUACACUGGCCAACUCUCCUUCCUCAACAACUACAAGUUCGGUGUCGGUGAAGAACUCCUUACUCCCGUCGGACGUGGUCAGCUCUAUGAUUCUGGUGUAAAGGCCGCCCUUUUGUACGGCAAACUCGUCGCAUCAGAUCUAGUGGAGAAGGACGCCAAGGGCAAGCCGAAAACUUUGUUCGCCCGUGCUGGAUCACAACAACGGAUCGUAGACUCCGGUCUAGCCUGGCUCAACGGAUUCUUCGGUGCCAACUGGACCCAAACCACUUCAUUUGAAAUACAAAUCGAAGAACCAGGCUACAAUACCACCACUGCACCCGAAUUUGCUUGUCCUGCAUGGAACAAAUCCGACAACUCUCCCGGCGGUCACAUGGCCGAUCGUUGGGCGGAGACUUAUCUCUCUGAUGCCAUCUUACGUUUGAAAAAUGAUAUCAGUGGAGCCUAUCUGAAUUCAACGCUAUUGUUCGGUAUGCAACAGAUGUGUUCCUACGAUACGGUCGCCUUUGGAUACAGCGACUUUUGCGCCUUGUUCACCAAGCAAGAAUGGCUGGAUUAUGAAUAUGCCUGGGAUUUAAAGUUUAUGAAUACCAAUGGUCCUACUUCGCCCUUGGGUCACGCCUAUGGAUUGGGUUGGCUCAACGAGUUGCUUUCCCGACUUCAACAUACACCAUGGAAUUCAGCUACACAGACUUCAGAGAACUCAACUCUGAACAAAGACCAAACUACCUUCCCCAUAGACAGACGCUUCUAUGUCGACUUCACACACGAUUCCACCAUCAUUUCAGUGCUAGCAGCAUUGAACCUGCCCAAGUUUGAUGAACAGUUGAAAGUGCCACAACGCGGCAAAGGCGUAACUAGGCAGAGGAACUUUGUCACGAGUAAGCUCGUUCCUUUUGCUGCCAGGUUUGUCGUCGAGGUCUGGAACUGUGAUGACCAAGCCGAAGAGGAGGGAGAGCGAGAUUGGGUAAGGUUCAAGUUGAAUGAUGCAGUGAUACCGUUGAGACAGUACAAGGAGUGUGGCGAGCGCAAGGAUGGUUUGUGUAAGAUGAAGGAUCUAUUGAAAGCGCUGGAGGGGAGAAAUAGUCAUGGAUGGUGGCACAAAUGUUCUGUUUAG